AUGCGAAAAGAAGUUGGACUUAUGCCUUCUUUAGAAGUCAUGGUUGAACGCUUACCGGAGUCUGUGAUAGCUGCGUUAGAAGGCCCAGUUGUUAAACAAGACUUUGCAUUACUCCAGUCUCUGCCUGCAUUAAAUAUGACUACCGUUGCAAUGUUGUUGCGACGAAAAAUCAUAAAGCACUCACCGAUGCCAUUAUUGGAAGUUGCAAUAGAAAGGUUGCCAAAGCAUUUGAUGAGUGCAUUUGUGUCCCAAACAAAUGGACGCGCUGUGAUGCCCCUAUCAGAUAUCACAUCACCUGAGGCAUUACCAACCUUGAAAGUGUCAUCUGCAGCAAAUGUAAAGAAAGCAUUGCCUUCAUUGGAAGUUACAUUGGAACGCUUGCCAGAGGAUUUGAUGGCCAUGCUAUUAGCACAAAGGAAAGUUCUGUCAUUGGUGGCUAAAGGAAAGAAGCAAAUCGGCCAAAGGAAGAAGCACACUGUCUCAAAAAAGUUCUGCUUUGUUAAUGUAGAUUCCAUUAACUUCUAA